GCCCCGACUGGCCCGGCGCCGCCGCCCGCGCGGGCUCCCGCGACGGCCCGCCCGGGGGCAACCUCGUGCGCGAGGCGGCGCCGCCGCCCGCGCCCUGGGGGCAGCAGGCGCCGGGCAGGGUGCCCUCGCCCCGGCGAGGCCUCGCCGCGCCAGCGGACCAGGGCUACGGCCUCGGGUUCGGCGCCCAGGCGAACGCUCGUCGAAUGCGUACGCAACUGGCAGCAACCAGAACGUCGGCAACGUCGUCACCGACCGGCGGACCACGUACGUGGCGCAGCCGCCAGGCGGCAGGUCGCAGAUCUCCUUCGGCUGA